AUGGCAGAGGUCGCGGGCGAGGGCCGCUCCAAGGCCCAGCUGAUCGUGGGCAUCGAUUUUGGCACCACGUUCUCUGGUGUUGCCUUCGCUUUCGCGACCAACACUGAGGCCAAGGAGGACAUCAUCACCGAAUGGCCUGGUGCGGGCAACCAGACAAAGCAAAAGAUCCCCACGGUUUUGUACUACGACCAGUACCAGAAAGUCGUGGGUUGGGGCCCUGAUAUCGCUGACGCCUUGGCCCCCACGGGCUACCCCAAGCCGGGUGUGCAAAAGGUCGAAUGGUUCAAGCUGCAGCUCAUGCUGUCCGGAAACACAUAUAUCGACCCCAUCAACCUGCCGCCGCUGCCCCCGGGCAAGUCGGAGAUCGAUGUCGCCGCCGACUACCUCUUCCACCUGCGCCAGGCGAUGCGCAACCAGCUGCAGAAGACGCUGGGAGAGGUAUUCAACAGAGAAGAGCGCAACAUCCGGUACUACCUGACCGUGCCCGCCAUCUGGAAUGAUGCGGGCAAGGCUGCGACACGUGCUGCCGCCAUCCAGGCCGGCUUCCUCCGUGACGAGAACGACAACAGAUUAACGCUGAUCACCGAGCCCGAGGCCGCCGCCAUGUUCUGUACCAAGACUGGCCUGCUGAACGUCAAGGUCCACGAUGCCGUGCUUAUUGUCGAUUGCGGUGGUGGUACCGUCGAUUUGAUCGCUUACGAGGUCGAGGAAGAGCAACCAUUCUCCGUUGCCGAGUGCACAGCUGGUUCCGGUGACUCGUGCGGUUCAACAGCCCUAAACCGCAAUUUCAGCAACAUUCUGCGCGCCAAGAUCCGCAAGAUGAAGCUGCCCGACGGCUCCAAGACAGCUGGCAAGGUCUACGCUAAAUGUAUCAUGGAUUUCGAGAACAGGAUAAAGGCUGAUUUCCGCAACAACGGACAGAAGUGGGCCGUCGAUGUCGGCAUUGAGGCCGAGUUCCCCGAAGCUGGUAUCGAAGAAGGCUACAUGACGUUCACCAACGAGGAGAUUCUGCAGUGUUUCGAGCCGGUUGUGAACCGCAUUCUGGAGUUGGUACGGAAUCAGAUCAUCGCCAUCCAGGCACAGAACAGAUCCCUGCAGAACGUGCUCGUGGUCGGUGGUUUCGGUGCGUCCGAGUACCUUUUCCAGCAAAUCAAGCUCCACGUGCCGCCCCAGUUCCAGUCCAAGGUCGUCCGUCCUAUGGACUCCGUCGCUGCUAUCGUCAAGGGUGCCGUCACUGCGGGUAUCACCGAGCGAAUCGUUACCCACCGCGUUGCUCGACGGCAUUAUCUCAUGGCCACCCUCCAGCCCUUCAAGGAGGGCCACCACCCCGAACAGUACCGUGUACCAUCGCUGGACGGCAAGGACAGGUGCAAGUACACCCGACAGAUUUUCGUGCAAAAGGGUCAGCGUGUCAAGAUUGGCGAGCCUGUCAAGGUUUCCUUCUUCCGACAGGUGGCGCCUGGCGCGACGCUCAUGUACGAAGAUAUUCUGUACGCCUGCGACGACGACGUUUGCCCAGAGUACACAAAGGACCCACGCAUCAAGGAAGUCGUCACCCUCACGUCCGAUCUCUCCCGAAAGAAUCUCGAGAAGGACUUCGAGCGCAUGGACACACCCCAAGGUACCUUCUACCGUGUUUACUUCGACAUCUACCUCACGCUCGACGGCUCAGAAUUCAAUGCCGAGCUUGUAUGCCAAGGCGAAGUCAUGGGCCGCUGCACGGCCCGGUUUAGGUAG